GUACUGAUGAACUGGCCAUAUGAAAUUAAUGGCAAAGACACUGCUAACUUCUGGAAACUGCUGCACCUGAAGGAUCAUGAACAUCUGCCAGCAAAGGCCACAACGUGAAUACAUGAAUAGAAGAAGAAAAUUUCUUCUUGCCUCAGUUCUUGCUCUCCAAAAUUCAAGUUUUAUAUAUCCUUCAUGUCAAAAGUGCUUCUCUCGGAUAAUCUUAGUCUCCAAAAGGUCUAAUUGUCCAAAAUGUGGUUCUACUGGUGAAGCUGAAAAUGCCAGUUACAGAUACAGACUUUCCAUUAAAGUUGCAGAAUCAAAUAAAUUAUUUGGCAUUACUGUUUUUGGAAGCUGUUUAGACGCAUUUUUUGGUCUUACUGCCACUGAUUUGCAUAGAUACAUUCAGGAUUCCAGUGAAAUUCCAGGAGCACUGGAUAGGGAUGCAACUCAGAACCUAUUAACUAAAGCAGUGGAAACUUGCUUUGUUGGACAGAGCUUUAUUUUUGGAGUGACGAAUUUUGAAAAACAACAUGGGCAAGGUUCAGAUUCCAGUACCUUCUUAGAACAGUGCCUUGGCCGCAGGAGAGAAAUUAAAGAGCUACUAGCUUGCCAGAUUGUCCUACCAGACCCGAGUGUCGCAGGCUUCACUGUCAUUGACUAUUUCCGGCAGCUUUUGCAGCUUUCCAAUUUCAGGAAACUCCAUGGUGGCUCCCAGGCACCUACGAGCCACCUGCUUGCUUUAGAACACUCAAGUAGUGAUCUCAGCAGCAUGUGUAGCCUUGACAGCAGCUCUGAUUUUGUGGAAUCCCAUGGCAGAGAUAACUUUCUAAUGUCCUGGCAGUCAUCACUUGAACUCACUUCCAUUGUUUCACAGCUAACAGAUGAAGAUAAUUUUUCAGCUUCAGAACAAAGCAAGGCCUUUGAUACUCUUCACCAGAACAGAAAGUGCAUUUCCUUGGCAGAGGCCACUGGUUCAGGUGGUUGCCAUGAUGCCAUUCAGUGUUCAUGGAGCCUUGUUUCAUAUAUGGAUAAAAAGAGCACAGCACAAAAGUUAGGUGAUGAACUUGGCUUACAAGCUAAUCAGCCAAGUGGAGUACACAGCAGUCAUCAUGAAAUUGGAGUUACUGUUUCUAAUUUUUUCUCCUUGAAAAUGCAAGAGUCCCAUGAGCCAAGUAAUACAAAAUCCUUCCACAGUGCAGUAGAAAUUAAAAAGAGAAAUUCCCAGCAUGAGCUAACAGGUCAUGAUAUCAGUACUCCCUUCAGCCUUCAGGAAAGAUCUGUGUGUUGUCCACCUAUAUCACUCAGACUUGAAGAAAUAGCUAGUGGUUCCCAGGAUUAUGACCCCAAGAUUUGGGAUGAUCUGCCACUCUCUGAAAGCUUAAACAAGUUUCUGGCAGUUAUCGAAAGUGAGAUUGCUAUAACUCCGGUGGGUGCCAGCAGUAGGAAGCCUCAUCUAGAUAAUGGCAUCGAUGAAUUACAUGCAGACCUCAACAGUUUAUCUGUGACUCCCCAGGGAACUGCUGGAGCCUUGCUUACACCACCUAUAGCGUUAAGAGCAUCACAAGCAACAGUCAAAGCAAACUCUGGCAAAGGUAACUUCCUUUCCAACUGUGAAGCAAAUCCAGCUGCUAGUGUUCAGGAGUCACAACCAGAUAACACAGCAGAGGCUGUCUCUGUAGGUAGAAAUGGAAGAGAUAUUUCUGAAUGUUUUCCAGCAAAUGCUUCUCUGUCAGCUCUGUUUCCAGCUUCAAAGGGUUUAGGAACAACAUCUACUCUUAGGAAGUCUACCAGAAUUCCACCACGUAGGGCUACGAUUUCUCAUAUACACAGUACUUCAGAGAGUGACCAUUCUUGUCUCAGUAGCAAGUAUUUUAAGGGAUGUGGAGAAAAAUCACCUUUGGAAAUGAGUGAAAAGUGGAUGACGUUGUGUUCCAGGAGGUAUAAUGAUGUUUCUGACCUUUGCAGCUUAGAAAAUAAACAAUGUAGGAGAUGGCCAAAGAACCAAGGUGACAGUCUUACAAUUUGCAGGAAACUUACAUAUUCCUUAGAAGCUCUUUGCAGCAGUCCAAGUAGAAGUACAGAUGCACUGAAAGAAAUGCCUUAUGGACAUAUCAGAAAUAACUUAACACAGACCUAUGUUCCUGGUCAUGAAAGCAGCUACAAUGCUUCUGCUGAUCUCUUUGAUGAUAGUGCUAAAGAAAUGGACAUGGCAACAGAAACUACCAAAGAGUCACAGGAUGUUUUGUUACAAUGGGGAAAGUCUUCGGCAGAAAGUCAUCAUAUAGAAUCUGAUUUUUCACUGAGGUCACUGCCUGAAAACUUCAGCCAAUCUUCACAAAAAUUAUCCUUGCCAAACAUGCCUGCCUCCAUGAAUCCAAAAACAUGCUCUUCACCACAUUUUCCAUCAGAUUCAGAAAGUGAUGUUGAAGAUAGUCAGGACUUUGUUCCAUGUUCACAGUCAACUCCUAUUGCAGGAUUCCACCAAACAAGAAUUCAUGGGGUGAAAGGAGCUUUCAAGAAACUACCUUCCUUUUAUGUGGAUCUUGAUAGUAACUAUAAAGAAACAAGGAUUUCCUCUGAAAAUGAGGCACAGAAAGCCACUCCCAGGUCUCAAAAAAAUAUAAAAACACCCAGCCAGAAAUCCAAAAGCCCUGUUAUACCUGGUGUUACACAACCAGAGGUUGUCAACAACUGUUCUAUUGCUGAGUGCUUUGAAUCUGACAUUGAUGAAUGGGUCCCUCCUACCACAAAAAAAGCAUUUCUUCCCGAUAUGCUUGGAUUCCAAGCCGUUGGUCUAAGAAAAUGCCUUGCUGCCUGUAAUUCUCCUGAUCAGAACACAUUACCGAGAAAGAAACUGAAGCGUGUCAAACAAAGAACCAAUAAACGUUUCAUUAAGAAAGAGUUAAAUUUAAAGAACACGCUUACAGCAGUAGUUGCAAACCAGAAAACUCCUAACUACAGCAGUACACACUCAGGCUGGAUUUCCAAAGAGUCAGCGUUGGGACUUGGUUGUGGUUCAGAAGUCAGAUGUUGCCUUUCAUUUUCAGAAAAUUGGCCACCUUCAGUGCCUGAAACUAAAAAUGCUUGGUCUCCUGAAUUGUUUUCACAGAAAGUCACCUCACCCCAGUGGCUGAACCUUUAAAGGUUUGUUUGGAACGUUUGCCUCCACUGGCAUGGGAGGCAUUCUUCCCGUUUUAAACACUUGAAGAGACACAAAUAGAAAAGAGGUGCUGUCUUUUAAAAAUGUUUAUAAAGCAAUUGUUUUUCUGUGUUUAUCCAGAAUAUUCUGAUCUGGAUAACUUGGCACUUUAUAUUUUUGAUUGUAUGUUAGUAAUAUUGUUGGUUUUGACUGUUAAAAUUGUUUGUUAAACUCACAUGUACAUUCAGAAAUAAAGCCUUUACAAAGCAAAA